AUGGAGAUACAGCGCGAGGUACUUGAGGCCCCGCUGCCUAUCCUCGCGGGUAUGCUACACCCGCCGCACGAUUCGGACCUCAGUUCCGUCGUUUUUGAAGAGGGUAUGCUAAUAGACCUCACUCACCCGUCAAAGGUCCUCUACUACCAAGGAGACGAAUCCACUAUUUUACCAACUUCUUGCUACAAAACUCUAAAAACUGCGCUACAAAUGGAAACGAGCAAGAACAAAGAUCGGGAACAAGACAUAAGAACGAGGAAUCUAAUGAUAUCCGAGGCGUUUUUGAGAUUUUUCGUCGACAUACUUGAAGGAAUCGUUCAUAAAAAGCUCAACGUCGAAACAAAACCAGUACUUCUUAGAAUGGUUCACGGAAACAGCCAUGUUCACGCACUUUAUACAGAAUAUGUCCUCGAUAUACCACUCGAAAGUCAACCCGAAUUCAACACCAGACCUCGUGGAUACUCCCCUACCGAAUUAUUACGGAUUAUUCGACGAAAGAGUAAGAAGUCGGAACAAAUCGGCAAGUAA